ACAAAAAAUUAAACGAAACGGAACGCGUUUGACACUUUUGACAGCGUGUUUCUAUUAACCUUGCUAAUAAUACUGGAGUACCGGACUGUUUUGCGUUUUGGAUUUGUUUUGUGGAUUACGAUGAGGUGCAUCAAAUGCGGAAUAGCCAUACAAAGGCUGCAGAGGCGUCUUAUAUUCUGGCUUUCUGCACACCAUCCAACAAUACUUUCGCGUUGGUUAACCAAUGCUCAAAUCCAGUUGCCUCUGGAGAUAUUCAUUUGUCAACCAUGCUUCUCAUUAUUGAAUACUGAGGCUGGUGAACAUGAGAGACUACUGGAGCAUAACAUGGUUUGCUUUGGUUGUGGAAAAUCGGUUCGAAAAAUAAGACACCAUUAUGUCAGUAUGGACUCUCCAUUGCUGACUGGCCUAAUAUCACAAAAUACUAUUAAUGUGCCCUCAAGAAACAACUAUGUUUGUCAUGUGUGCUGGAUGCGGGCAAAUAGACAGGCAGUGCAGGACUUAUCACGAAACUUGCAGGUAUUGGGUUCGGACAAUGUGCAAGAAUCAGUUUCAGACAACGUGCAGGAGUUGGCUUCUGAUAACAAUGCAGCAGCCCCUUAUGUUCAAGUAGUUAGCCCACCAGAGCCACCACCAUUACCGCCUGUUUUAACCGGGCCGUUUCAAAGGGAAAGUACUACCAUAUUAUUACCCAAUUAUACAGAAUAUAUAUUACAGAAACGUACAAUCCGAUAA